AUGUUAGUGUCAAACUUUCCAUCGGCGGCAAGAAAAGAUAUCCUAAAGAGAAUCUUUGAAAAGUUUGGCUCGGUAGUGGACAUUUAUAUGACAAGGAAAAUGGGUGCAAAUAGAAAAACAUUUGCAUUUGUUAGAUUCAAGAAAACAGGAGACGAACAAGAACUAGAGAAGUCCUUGCAAGGAGUCAAAUAUAGAGAUCAUACGAUGGAGGUCAAUAUUGCAAGAUUUGAAAGGAGACCUGUUAAAGCAACAUGCGGUCAAUACACUAACUCGUAUCAAAAUCGAUCCAGACCCCAACAGACUACAAGAUUCAAGGGCACGGGUACCACCAGUAAUACUCGUGCCCCGUCCGUGACACCGCCUUCGGUCGUAGUCGAAGGGAACGACCUUAACAAUGGAAGUUGGAACGGAUCACCUAGGGAAACCCAACGGGUGGAGGUUAACAAUAAUGGUGCCUCGGCAAUUGAGGUUUCUUUGAAUGAUAACCAGGCACUGGCAGACGCUGAACUAAACACGGGGUAUGGAUAUCAGGGCUUUUGGGCUCUCGGGUAA